UAGAAAUCAACUUAAUGUUUACAAUAUCCAAAAAAUCUUUAAUUGCACUUUAAAAUGGUAAUUACACUGGGAUUUGAAGGAAGUGCCAAUAAAAUUGGUGUAGGAAUCAUCAGAGAUGGCAAAGUACUUGCUAAUGUUAGAAAAACGUAUGUAACUCCACCGGGAUUUGGAUUUUUACCAAAAGAAACGGCCGAACAUCACCGAGAGAAGAUUCUAGGGAUAUUAAAGGAAGCACUUGAAGUUUCAAAAGUUGAGAUCAAAGACAUUGAUGUAAUAUGCUAUACAAAAGGUCCAGGAAUGGCACCGCCUUUAUUGACAGUAGCUAUAGCAGCUAGAACAAUAGCUCAAGUAUGGAAUAAACCAAUUUUGGGAGUCAAUCAUUGUAUAGGACAUAUUGAAAUGGGAAGGCUGAUUACCAAAGCUAAGAAUCCAACAGUUCUGUAUGUCAGUGGUGGCAAUACACAAGUUAUAGCUUAUUCAAACAGAAAGUAUAGAAUAUUUGGUGAAACUAUUGACAUUGCUGUUGGAAACUGCCUUGAUCGCUUUGCAAGAAUCAUUAAAAUUUCAAAUGAUCCAAGUCCAGGCUAUAACAUCGAGCAGCUUGCUAAAAAAGGCACAAAGUACUAUCCACUGCCAUAUUCUGUUAAAGGAAUGGAUAUAAGCUUCUCAGGUAUUUUAUCAGAGAUUGAAAAGAAAGCCUUACCACAUAAAGCCAAUAAGAAUAGAAAGAAGAAAGUUGAGGACGAAGAACUGCCAUCACAUGAAGAUUUAUGCUUUUCAUUACAAGAAACAAUAUUUGCUAUGCUAGUGGAAAUAACAGAACGAGCAAUGGCACAUUGUGGAUCACAUGAAGUCUUAAUUGUUGGCGGUGUUGGAUGUAACGAAAGACUGCAAGAAAUGAUGGGAAUCAUGUGUAAAGAACGAAAUGCAAAGUUAUUUGCUACAGACGAAAGAUUCUGCAUUGACAAUGGAAUAAUGAUUGCUCAUGCUGGCUGGGAAAUGUUCACAACUGGAACUAGAAUGAAAUGGGACGAAGCAACAAUCACACAAAGAUACAGAACUGAUGAUGUAGAAGUAACAUGGGAUGUAGCUAGUGAUGAAUAA